AUGGGAACCUCAGGUGAUGAAAAUGGUACUAAACUUACGGGAUCAGGACAGCGCAGAGCGAAGAGAACUUAUGAAAGCAUAGAAUCGGUAAAUGCAAAUACUAACUCAUUCUCACCUGCAGAUCAAGUUUUGGACAGUAGCCCGGACCCUUCAUUGAAGGAUGGUAAGGCUCAUUAUUCGGUUAACUCGAUUAAGUCAAUGGUUGAGCAAAAAGUUUUGACUAAGAGACAGCGUUCUCAGUUGCACUGGCUGGUUAAAGAUCUUCAGAUUUUAGAAGAUGACAUAAAACGUUAUGGUUGGAAUAACUUAACUGUUAGUGAACGAGAAGAGAUAUCGCUGAAAAGAGAGCUAUUGAAGCUCUUAAAUGAAACUGGAAAAGACUAUGCUGAAAAUGGAGAUACAAGUGGAUUCAAAAUGCAAGAUGAGGUCGCAUCAAAGAAACAACUAUUGACCGCCAAACUUCGAAACAAAACCGAUAGGGUGAACUGGGAAGAGGAGCAAAUGAAGAAAAGUGUAAUUAAGGCAGAUGCAGAUGAAAUCAAAGUUAAGGAUUCAGAUAAUUACGAAUUUGUUUUUGAUCCUGAGUCCAUGAUUGAUUUUACUGAUGAUACGACAGAUAUUUUAGAACCUGUUGAAGACGGUAGAUUGGCUGAAGCGUUAGAAGAACAAAUUAACAAGAUGAAGAGUAUUAAAGAAACGAGGAAGUCAUUGCCAGUUUAUCAAUAUAGACAAGAAAUUUUGGAUAGUAUUCGGCAACAUCAAAUUUUGAUUGUUGUUGGUGAAACGGGGUCUGGGAAAACCACCCAACUUCCACAGUUCCUUGUGGAGGAUGGUUACACCAACGAUGGAAAAUGCGUGGUUUGCACACAACCACGUAGAGUUGCUGCAACUAGUAUUGCUUCAAGAGUUGCUGAUGAAAUGGAUGUAAUAUUGGGGAAAGAAGUCGGUUAUAAUAUCAGAUUUGAUGACCGAACAACGCCUGAUAAAACAAUCUUAAAAUAUACGACAGAUGGGAUGUUACUUCGAGAAUUUCUUAAUGACCCACAACUAUCAUCGUAUAGUGCAAUAAUGAUUGACGAGGCUCACGAGCGCACGUUAUCUACAGAUAUUUUGUUGGGGUUGCUAAGGGGUAUUUUACAAGACAGAAAAGAUCUUCGACUUAUAAUUUCUAGUGCAACUAUGAAUGCUACUAAAUUCUCCAAGUUCUUCUUUGAUUGUCCGAUAUUUAAUGUUCCUGGUAGACGCUUUCCUGUGGAUAUUCACUAUACACUUCAACCAGAAGGAAACUAUAUAAAUGCUGCGAUCACCACCAUCUUUCAAAUUCAUACCACCCAAAAAUUACCAGGUGAUAUUUUGGUAUUUCUAACUGGUCAAGAGGAAAUAGAAUCGAUGCAAACAAAAUUACUUGAGAUUCUUUCCAAGCUUGAUAAUACAAAAUUUCCAGAUCUCUUGGUAGUACCUAUAUAUGCCAAUCUUCCUCAAGAACAACAAUCCAAAAUUUUUGAACCUACACCGAAGAACUGCAGAAAAGUAGUGCUUGCGACAAAUAUUGCAGAGACAUCGUUAACAAUUGACGGCAUAAAGUUCGUGGUAGAUCCAGGUUUUGUGAAGGAACAAUCCUAUUCAGGAGGAGUUUCAAAGCUAGUGACAGUUCCAUGUUCUAGGGCAUCUGUUGACCAGAGAGCAGGGAGAGCAGGGAGAUUGGGUCCAGGCAAAUGUUUUAGAUUAUUUACAAAAUGGUCUUACUACAAUGAGCUUGAAAAAGUACCAAAGCCAGAGAUUUUGAGAACAAAAUUGAAUCAAGUGGUUCUACUUUUGCUUUCACUAGGUAUCAACGACUUACUUCACUUUCCAAUGUUGGACAAACCAAAAACUAUCCAGCUAAGCGAAGCCCUCGAAAAUUUGUAUGCCAUUGGCGCUCUCAAUAGCAGAGGUGCAAUCACAAAAGUAGGACAAGUUAUGUGUGAUUUCCCAUGUGAUCCUGAAUAUGCCAAGGUAAUAUAUUCUAGCGUGUUUGAAGAAAGCUGUAAUGGUGUUCUACCUGAAAUUGUUACGAUUGUCUCUAUGCUUCAAGAGAGCAACUCUAUAUUUGUACCGGGACUCAAUUCGGAAGAAAAGACAAAACUUUUUGGGUCAUUGAUGCAGUCAAGUGACCACAUGCUAUACUUGUGGAUAUAUGAACAAUGGGAAGAGAAUGGAUACUCACGAAGAUGGUGUCAAGAUUUCAAGUUGCAACAUAAAACAAUGAAACGAGUAUUGAGGAUACGACAACAAUUAUGGAAAUAUUGUAGGAAACAAGAUUUUCUGCUUAAGCAUGACCAAAACCUUACUCAACUCAAAGAAAACAUGCCUCGUUCCGUCAUUGAAGCAAAAAUCAUUAAAUGCUUUAUAUCAGGAUUUCCAACAAAUAUAGCAAAGCUCUCUAAACAAGGCUAUACUAACAUAAAGCAAGAUUUAUCCGUCAGCGUUCACCCAUCUAGUGUUAUUUUCAACCGAAUGAAACAAGAAGGAAAACCAAUGAAAUACAUCCUCUAUCAAUCUUUGAUGCUUACAAGUAAAGAAUUCAUUAGAGAUUGUAUAACAUUUGAUAAAUACGAAUGGCUCACUGAAACUAUGCCACAUAUUUAUAAAUGA